AUGGGCAGCCGGACGCUCGCGGCAGGCGUGAUCGUCGGCUCUGAUCUGGCGUACUGGGCGGAGGCGCUCCGCUUUGCCGGGUCGAUGGUGGCGCGGCAGCAGUUUCUUCCGGGUCUGACGACCGACAAUGAUGCGCCCCGCGCGACGUGGGAUCCCAUCUUUAUGGGGACGGACGCGGAACGGCUGCCCGCGCUGGCCGGGCGGAUGCCCGCGGCUGCGCGGGCGCUCUCCGAGCCCGGCGCAGCCGCGCCUCCUGAGAGGCCCUCCACCGAGGUGCUCAGGCAGUUUGUGGCCACGCUAACGGACCACCUGGUGCGCACCGCAGCCUCUGAUGCGUCUCUACCCGCGCCCCGUCGUCGCAGGAAGAAGCCAUCCUUCGUCAGCGUGCACGACGCUUGGCUUCAUGCCCUCAGGUCGAAAGACGGGACCGUUGCGGGAGAUGAGUACGAUCUCUCCCAGUUCGCCGCACAGGUCCGCGAAUGGCGGCGACCGGUCGCGGUUUCGGAAGGUUCCCAGUUCCGCCUCUGCUUCCGCCUAGAGGAACCGGAAGAUACUGCGGGGACCGAUAGGGCGGAUGACAAGACCUCCAAUGACGGAUGGUACGUCCGCUAUCUGCUCCAGCCUCACGACGAUCCGAGCCUUCUCAUACCGGUAGAAGAAGCGUGGAAGGCCAGGGCCCGCACGAAAUCCGCGCUCAGGCGUAACGGCUCGAACGUGCGGGAGUUCCUGCUCUCCUCGCUGGGACAGGCUUCCGGCAUCUGUCCUUCAAUCACGGCCAGCCUCGAGAACGCAAGGCCCGCCGGAUACUUGCUUGACACUGCGAGAGCUCAUCAGUUCCUGACCGAGGAGGCCGUCGCACUUGAGCAGGCGGGCUACGGCGUGAUGCUUCCUGCUUGGUGGACGCGCAAGGGCACGAAGGUCCGGCUGGCCGUCCAGGCCAAGGUCAAGAGCCCGAAGAUGCAGGGUGGAAGCGGUCUGUCUCUGGAGACGAUUGUCCAGUUCGAUUGGGAAGUGGCCCUCGGAGACCAGAGGCUCACCCUCCGGGAGCUGGAGGCGCUUGCGCGGAUGAAGGCCCCGCUUGGUCAGGGUCCGCGGUCAAUGGGUCGAGAUGAGCGCCCAGGAGAUUCAGGCGGCGAUCGAUUUCUGGAGGAAGAAGGGAUCUGA